UCGCUCAGCCAGUUCGCCGGGUGGCGUGGCGGCCGCAACACGAACCAGCAGCGCCUCGUCGGAGGGGCCGCCGCGGACCGUCUCGCCGUCGCCCGGAUCCACGUGUAGUGCCCCACGUGCAGUGCGACAGAGAGAGACAGAGACGCGCGAACCGCCGCCGUGACCGUCACGCGUCGUCGUCUCGUCGCGCGGACGCCGUCACGCCGCAGCCAUGGACGUCGACCAGGACUUGGAGCAGCUCAUGGGGCACCUCGGGGAGUUUGGGAAGUACCAGAUGCGGCAGUUCCUGCUGCACAUUCUGGCCGCCCUCACCGCCGGGCUCCACAUGCUCACCUUUGUCACAGUGGCAGCCGUUCCCGAGCACAGGUGCGUGAUCCCUGACGUGGACGUCAACACGACGGGGACGUUGGCGUCCUCGUGGGACAGCCUGGCGGUGCGCGAGUGGGUGCCGCGGCACGAGGACGGCAGCUGGGACGGCUGCCACCUGUACGCCGAGAACCAGACGGCCAAGGUGGCGUGCAGCGAGUGGAUCUACGACACGACCUACUACACGUCCAGCCGCGCCAUCGAGUGGAACUUGGUGUGCAGCCGGCGGUGGAUGGGCGCCGUGGCGCAGGCCGCCUACAUGUUCGGCGUGUUCGCGGGCGCCGUCAGCCUGGGCAGCCUCGCCGACAAGUACGGCCGCAAAACAAUCUUUUACCUGUGCGCCGUUCUGCAGCUGAUUCUCGGCGUGGCGGUCGCUUUCGUCCCCGAGUUCUACUCCCUGCUCGUGGUCCGCUUCUUCUAUGGGGUCUUCGGCUCGGCCGGCGCCUACAUCACCGGCUUCGUGCUCAGCAUGGAGCUGGUGGGCGCGUCCAAGCGCACGGCGUGCGGCAUCACCUUCCAGGGCUUCUUCGCGGGCGGCGUGAUGCUGGUGGCGUUCUGGGGCUACCUCAUCCGCGACCGCGUGGUGCUGCAAGUGGUGUACGGGCUGCACGGCCUGCUGCUCGUCGGCCACUGGUGGCUGAUCGACGAGUCCCCGCGCUGGCUGUGGUCGCAGGGCCGCGUCACGGAGGCCGUCAACAUCGUGGAGAAGGCCGUGCUGGUGAACGGCGGCGAGGCCAUCGACGCGGCGCACUACGUGUCCAAGGGCAAGUCGCAGGAGCGCACGCGCGAGGACGUCGCCUACGGCAUCUCGGACCUGUUCAAGACGCCCAACAUGCGCGCCAAGAUGCUCAACUGCUGCCUCAACUGGUUUGCGAACAGCCUGUGCUACUACGGGCUGUCGCUCAACACGGGCCGCCUGUCCGGAGACCCGUUCCUCAUCUUGUUCCUCGUCGGGCUCGUCGAGAUCCCCAGCUACGUCGUCACCAUCCUGCUGAUGGACCGCACGGGCCGACGCUCCCUCAUCAGCGCCAUGAUGGUGCUCGGCGGCAUCGCCACUCUCGCCGCUGCCUUCAUACCGCAAACGACUCCUGCCGGGAACACGUCCGCCACGACGGUGGUGAUGAUCGGCAAGUUCAUGAUCGCGGGCUCCUUCGCCAUCAUCUACAACUACACGGCGGAGCUGUUCCCCACCCCAGUGCGCAACACGGCGCUGGGCGUGGGCUCCAUGUGCGCCCGCCUGUCCGGCGCCCUCACCCCUUUGAUCACGCUCCUGGACUCCUUGGACAAAACGUUACCAACUGUGAUAUUUGCCUCGAUCGCCGUCACUUCCGGCCUCUUGGCACUGCUCUUGCCGGAAACCCUGAACCAGCCCAUGCCCCAGUCCCUGGAGGACGGCGAGCGCUUCGGCCAGGGAGACACCGCCUGCGCGGCUUGCUUCGGCCGGAAGCCCAACAACCAAAAAUACGAAAUUCCUCUCACGACAGUCGACUGAGAUUGAGACAACACAUAGAAAUUUGGGUGAAUCUCUGAUUGAAGCUGGGACCACUACGUGCUGGUUAAUAGUACAGAAACUUUUCUUGUCCAUAUGAUGCAAAUUACUGGAUCAGUCGAAAUGGUGCCAUUUCAAAAUUAAAUACUUUCCGCGGACGAUUGUUGGUGGGUAAAAUGUCCACGUCAUUUCAGUGCAGCAGUUUCCUUGAGGCUGAUUGGCAUGUGAGCAAACUUUAUCUCUUAUUUUUUAUUCAGUACUUUGGUUUCUGUGAUACCAUGUGAUAUUGAAAAAAAGAUAUAAAGAACACUUAUGAGUCUACAAAGGAAACAUCUAAAAACAAGCUAAAUUAAAUAUUUUUCACAGUCGAUUCAUUCCAUAAUCGAUCAUCACAGCAGACAAACCACUGUUGUUUUAGAGCUGAGAAAUUUUAUCAUGAAGCACAUAUUUUCACCUAUGUACCUAAGAAAAAUGCUAUUUUUGACUUAGUCUUUAAUGUAAGGAAUAGAAUUAAAAUAUUCUUGUAAUGUAAUGAA